UAAUCUCCGUUUAGCUCCCACCGCAGUUUCACUCGCGCAACAGAAUAAAGAAGGAAAAAAAAAAAAAUUUAAGCUCUGGCAGUCUGAUCUUCCUCGUUCGUACUGCUACUUCGCCUUCGCCGUCACCCUCCUUCUCCCACCACCACUGUCUGUUGCCUCUCUCCGUUCAGCGCUUCAGAACUCCCUCUCUCACUCACACACAGCUCUGAUUUCAACAAUAAUUCACUGUCAUAACCAGCGAAUGAAUGAAAAAUUAUCUAAAUAAGUAAUAAACAGUUGCUAAAAAAGCAAUUAUUAGGAAAAUCUUCUUCUGAAAUACUAUUAGUGUGUGGUAAUGGAUAGAAAUAGUGAUUAGCAUAAUUCUGAAAAGCCGGUUAAUACUAUUAUAUUUUGCUUCUAGAAACGGUGGUAGCAGUGGCGGAGCCUGAGAUAAGGUACGCAACGCUGUGUUUCGUUGUCGUUACUGGUCAUGGAGGAAAUGUACGGCCUCCCGUCGUCCCCUGAGGAUUACUCGGACAAAGCCAUCAUGACGCCCGACAAUCUGAUCUUCCCGGCCGACUACCAGAGCUUCCUCAUGUCUUCCUCCGCCGCCGCCGCCGGCUUCCGUGAUCGGAUUCCCGUUUUAGGAUCCGAAGAGUUGCUGUCCGCUGCCUCCGCGAUUACCGAAGUCGAAGCCUCCGUCGCUGCUCCUGAAUUUCGGCCACAAGAGGACUCUUCCUCCGUCAUCAAAGCCAGAAUCGCGUCUCAUCCUAACUAUCCUCGUCUCAUUCAAGCUUAUAUCGAUUGCCAGAAGGUAGGAGCACCUCCAGAAAUAGCGUGUUUCUUAGAUGAAAUCCGGCGAGAAAACGACCUCAACAAGAGGGACGUUGUUUCCACGUGCUUUGGAGACGACCGCGAGCUCGACGAGUUCAUGGAAACCUACUGCGACGUGCUGUUGAAGUAUAAAUCUGAUCUUGCCCGGCCUUUUGAUGAAGCAACCUCUUUCCUUAACAAGAUCGAAACCCAGCUCACCAAUCUCUGCAGUGGUGCUUCCCUUCUAAGCCUUCCCGAUGAUGGAGGUGUGUCUUCAGAAGAAGAUUUCAGUACUGCAGGUAGAGACACUCAAGAUGGUCAGGCGAAGGUUGAAGAUCAAGAGAUUAAGGACAGGCUUUUACGCAAGUUUGGGAGCCGUAUUGCCUCUUUGAAAUUGGAGUUCUCGAAAAAGAAGAAGAAGGGUAAGCUACCAAAAGAAGCCAGGCAAGCACUGCUUGAGUGGUGGAGUGUUCACUACAAGUGGCCAUACCCAACGGAAUCUGAUAAGAUUGCUCUGGCCAAGUCCACGGGUCUGGACCAGAAGCAAAUUAACAAUUGGUUUAUUAAUCAGAGAAAGCGCCACUGGAAGCCAUCUGAGAACAUCAGCGCGCAAUUUUCUGCCAUGGAUAAUCUCACUGGACUUUUUUUUACUGAUGAAUGAGGUUCACUUACACAUGACAGUCUCAAAAUGUAUAUCCUGAUAUUAACUAUUAAUUUCUAUCAUCUGUAUAUUUUAAACGCAGAAUUACCGACAUUGGAAGGCUUUUACUUUCCCGUGAAGUUACAUGGGAAUUGAUAGUAAUUCCCUACCUGUGUAUUCUUGAUAAACUUGUCUGGCGUUAAUAAUGAAAUGUUACAUAAACUUUGUGGGUUA